AUGCGAAAGCAACUUAUGAUGGUUCUCAGCAGCAUCCCACUAAUCUUUCAAAAAUAUACCGCACCAAUGACUCCCUCACCAAGUGGCCUCAUUGAUGUUGCUAAGUUAACUACUUUGCAACCUGAAAGACUAGACGAAUUCCAUGAACCCUUUUACGAAGAAAUAGUUGAGGGGGCAGAGGCUACAACGACCGUUGAACAGCGACCAGCUCGAGUCCAAUCUGCCAGCCUUCUUCACACGACCCAAUUCCCAGAUCACGUUCUUAUUGAUUUCAGGGAGACCCAUCGCUCUCUCUCUCUCUCUCUCUCUCGCAAGUCAUGCAGUGCUGCGGCAGACGAGAAGAUUACUGAUGCUUUUAAGAGACUGCCUUCUAAUGACAUCACUCCGGUAAGAUCCCAAAAGUGGCACUACUCCCUACACAGACGUCAUCUGCACCGACUUUACAACUUCCUUCUCUUUCAUGAAAUUCUGCCUUCCACUACCCGUGGGGCAAUGAGAAGGGCGAUUGAAGACGUUCGUCACCAACCACCAGACCAACAGUCGCGGUGCUCACCAAGCGGAGUCCUGGUUGGUACCAUCGAUAACUUGUCUCCAUUCUCCUUUCCCCUUUCUGUUCUCUUUUGA